GCCUCGGCCACGGUGAUAUUGCUGUCGCCGCUAAGGGCGGCCUCGGGGCUCCCGGUUUGCAGGCUGAAAUCAUCAGUCAGCUUUCUUACUCGACCAGAUCGACCAAGUCUUGCUUAUCAUAAACUAAAAGGCAGGAAUCCAGGGGUUAUUUUCCUUCCAGGCUUUAAUUCAAAUAUGAAUGGUCAGAAAGCAACUGCCCUUGAAGAUUUCUGCAACUCUCUAGGUCAUGCCUUCGUCAGAUUUGAUUAUACAGGAUGUGGAAGUUCAGAUGGUAACUUUAAGGAGUGUACAAUUGGGAAGUGGAGAAAAGAUGUUCUGUCUAUACUGGAUGAACUUACAGAUGGACCACAGAUUCUGGUGGGCUCCAGCAUGGGUGGAUGGCUGAUGCUUCAUGCUGCAAUAGCACGCCCAGAUAAAGUAGCUGCUCUAGUUGGAGUAGCUGUAGCAGCAGACCAUCUUGUAACAACUUUUAAGAAGCUUCCCAUUGAGGCACAAAAAGAAAUAGAGGAAAAAGGUGAAUGGAAGUUUCCAACAAAGCAUAAUGAGGAAGGGUAUUAUUCCUUGACAUAUGACUUUAUCAGAGAAGCAGAAAAUCACUGUGUGCUAAAUAGUCCUAUUCCUAUAACAUGUCCUAUACGACUUAUUCAUGGCAUGAAGGAUGGUGAUGUCCCUUGGCAGAUCUCUAUGCAAGUUGCUGAUCGUGUUUUGAGCAAAGAUGUGGAUGUUAUCCUCCGCAAAAUUGGCCAACAUCGGAUGAGUGAGAAGGAGGAUACAAAACUUCUUGUGAAUACCGUUGAUGAUUUAAUUGACAAGCUGGCAACACUAGCAUAAGCUGCAGAGUAGCAUACGUGCAUGAACUCUACACCUGACUCUUUUCCAUGAGUAGCAGAAACCCUGUUCUUAACAAGAUGACGCCAGGCCUGUGACUUCACAGUAGGAACUGAGCUUUUAUCUGCUGUUUCCCUACCUCUGUUAAAUACAGCUAUUUUAUUAAUGCUACAUUUGCACAGACAGUCCAAAAUGUGGAGUGCUGCUGUUGUGUUCAGAACCUCUCCUUCACCACUUAAACCUUUUCGCAAGCUUCCUACACUUUUGUAUUGAAAUGUUGAUGCAUUUUUGUUACUAUUGGCCUGUACAGUAAAACUUUAAUUUCCCAUGUCUUUGACACCUUUUCAGUAUUGUCCUUUUGCUGUAACAUUCUUGUAUCUUAUGUCUGAAACCAUCUGUGCAAGGCAAAAUACAACUUAAGUGUUUACUACAGUUUUGUUAUUAGAAAUCGUGAAUAACAUGAAGCAUAAUAAACAGAUUUCAGAUAAAU